CAGCCGAAGUGCUGGGUCUGGCGCCGGUGGUGCUCGGAGCUGCGGAGGGGGGUGGCCUCAGCUCCUGCCUGAGCUGCCUGAGGACACUUCUUGCUUGCUUGCUUGGCUUCUUUGCGGUGGCGUUUCGUUUCAGUGGCAGACACAGGGUGUAUUGAGCCGUCAUUGAAAUGACGGCGGUGUGCCCUGGCGUGGAACCGCGCAGGAACCCCGAAUCCUGUGGUUUCUGCUUAGGCAGAGAGCUCCCGAUGGAUCCGCGGGCCUUUCUGAAUGUUUGCGCAAAAUCAAGACUUCAGUCGGAAGGCAAGACCUGUCAAAUAAUUGACUCUCUAGUCAAGCUCCAGAUGCAUGCAUGUCAGUAGCCUCACCCUCCCUGUAGUCUCAACUAAUGUUGUCAUGAAAUGGCACUGCUCACUGGGAAUGCAGAUCCUGAGUUCAGCUCCUACUCCUUCAAUAACUUGGAAAACCUGUGUGAAGUGCAAACCAAGAAAGGAUUCUUCUACAAAAAGGCCAAACUUCUGCACCCUGGGGAAGAUUUGUGCUGCUUAUCCCACCUGGAUGACCGGACGAGGUUUGUGAUCAUCAACGUAGGUGGUAUUAAAUACAGAGUUCCAUGGACCACCUUGGAGAACUGCCCCUUGACCAGGCUUGGAAAGCUAAAAUCUUGCAACAAUUAUGAUGAAAUCAUGAACAUCUGUGAUGAUUAUGAUGUUAGCUGCAAUGAAUUUUUUUUUGACCGUAAUCCUAGUGCCUUCAGGACGAUCAUGACUUUCCUGACAGCUGGGAAGCUGAGGCUUCUCAGGGAAAUGUGCGCUCUUUCUUUUCAGGAGGAGCUGGUGUACUGGGGGAUAGAAGAGGACCACCUGGAGUGGUGCUGCAAAAAGAGAUUGCGACAGAAAGAGGAGGAGGCAGCUGAGGCCAGGCUCUACGAAGGGGAGAUGGUGUUUCGUGAAACUGCGCAACGUGCCUUCCAAGACAAUGGCCGAUUGAGUUUGUGCAUGCGAAAGCUCAGGGAUAUGGUGGAGAAUCCCCACUCAGGGAUCCCAGGAAAGAUCUUUGCCUGUAUUUCAAUAUCUUUUGUUGCCAUCACUGCAAUCAGCCUCUGCAUUAGCACCAUGCCAGAUGUCAGAGAAGAAGAAGAUCGGGGUGAAUGCACACGGAAGUGCUAUGACAUCUUUGUGCUGGAGACGGUGUGCGUGGCGUGGUUUUCAUUUGAGUUCCUGCUGCGAUCCAUCCAGGCAGAGAACAAGUGUGCUUUCCUGAAAACCCCACUCAACAUCAUUGACAUCCUGGCCAUCUUGCCUUUCUAUAUCUCUCUCAUUGUGGAUAUGGUCUCCACGAAAAACAGCAGCAAGCCCAGUGGGGGAGCUGGCAACAAGUACCUGGAACGAGUGGGCCUGGUGCUGCGUUUCCUACGGGCUCUGCGCAUACUGUACGUGAUGAGGCUGGCACGGCACUCGCUGGGGCUGCAGACGCUGGGGCUCACCGUGCGCCGGUGCACCAGGGAGUUUGGGCUUCUCCUGCUCUUUCUCUGUGUUGCCAUGGCCCUCUUCUCACCAUUGGUGUAUUUGGCUGAGAGCGAACUGGGAGCCAAGCAAGAAUUCACAAGUGUCCCCACCAGUUACUGGUGGGCUGUGAUCUCCAUGACAACUGUUGGCUACGGUGACAUGGUACCUUGUAGCAUCCCCGGACAGGUGGUAGCGCUGAGCAGUAUUUUGAGUGGAAUUUUGCUGAUGGCUUUCCCAGUCACAUCCAUUUUUCAUACCUUUUCCCGUUCCUACAGUGAGCUGAAGGAGCAGCAGCAACAAGCAGCAAGCAGGCAGAUGCGCAAGCUAGAAGAGAGCACCAAACUCCUAGGUGGUGACAGUACACAGGGGCUCAGCUUCACAUUCCUACCAGAUGCUGCUGGGCAGGAGGGUCAGCCUGCAGUGGACUAGGAAGCCUAGAGAAGUUGUUGACUCUGAACACCAGAAGACAUAUGUUGGCAGCACAAGAAGUAGUGGACAAGGGACGUCAGCUCUGCAAAGAACUUCCUGAAGUGCAUAAAUGAGAGGCAGACACACAUAAGGUUGUUGCUAAAGACCAACUUCUGAUCUUAAGGGCCCCCUAAAAAAUGACCCUAGAAACUCUACCAAGUACAGCUUGCUCCAUUGCUUUUUGUAGGGCUCUUAUUUUCUCUUGAACAAAGAUUUCUGGCAACCCGCAGGGAGCAGCCAUUGAAGGUAGCCAGCCAGGAGAAUGUAACGUGAAGCCCAGACUGUGCUGGGGUGCCAACCAGUGGUGACAUUUCAUGUGCAAGGGGCUGAACAAGGGGGCUCCCUGUGCUGCAGCACCCCAGGCACAGGGAGUUUGUUUUGGCAGCCCCACCAAGGAACACACACCUCAGACAAGCCAAGGUGUUGAGAGUGAGAGAAGGGUAGAAACAUCCUUUCAGCUUUCCUGGGGGCUUGGUUUUGUCUGGUUUACAGAUGAGGCAGCACAGCCUGGGCUGCCAGCUUCCAGCUCUGGCUUGCACGCAAUAUGUAUUAUUUAGUAAAUAUGCAUAUUUACCACCCUAAGCUUUGUAUCUUAGCCCCAUGACAGAAGUAUACAUAGACAAUCUUACCGACUGUGAUACUGAAUGUUAACUUCUUUUUUUUGUUUUGCUUACAGUUGAAUAUAACAACCAUCUUUACCACUUACACCAUUUCUCCACCUUCUGUUAACUAUUUCCAUCUCUCAUGUAUCAAAAAGUGUGUUUAACAGACAACUAAAUUUGAACUGCACGAGGCCCAAGAAGGAGAGGGUAACAUCAAACCAGCAGCAGCUCCCAGCUCUGCAUACUCUUCCUUGGUGGUGGUGGCAGCACUGACUGUGUAGUCAUAUGCAAACAGGAGUAAUCCAAACCCAGUGAAGUCAGCGAGAUACCUUCAGUGGGCUCUGGCCUGAUCUGCAGUGUAGCAGCUGUGCUCUAUGUUAGGAGUAGUCUUCCCCCUCCCCCCCCAAAUGUAAGAAAAAGACAAUCCUGUAAUUUAGAAAUCAGAAUUACUGUUCUGGCUCUUCCUAGUUCUCGAAAGAUUUAAGUCAUUUUAAAGGGAAAACUAAUCAUAUGGUGCACCUGCAUGUUUGCUUACUGAUGCCAGCCCUGUGAGUUCUCCAGCCCCCUCCUUGGAGGAGCUGUGUAGCCAGUCCAAGUCAGCACACUGUGUGGGUCUUUCAGUACUCUUACAGGUCAGAUACAGUUAUGGGAUGGAGGAAAAUAGAGCACAACUGCCUCUUGAACCUACACCCCUAUUUGUAUUAAAGCCACGCAGUGUCACCCUCCGUGUUCUCCGCCCAGGAAGGAAACAAAAACUGAUGUAUUGAAGAUGGGAUUUAUCUGGCUUGGGUUUUUUUUUGCCUCAGCAUAUGUUGUGACACAAAUCCUACAUUAGCAAACUUCUGCAUUAAGCCUUAUAGGAAUGGAGCAAGGGAAAAUAAAAGGUUAAACUUUAUUUUAAUAAAAAUUAGAAGCUUUGUUGCUGAAUGUUUGCCUCUGAUCAUUUGGGUGCAGGGGAAGGCAGUGUUUUGCCAUGCUGCUAUGAAGCCAUGUGUCACAGUCCAGAAAAUUGGCUUCAUCCUGGCCCAAACCAGGACACCAUGUGUGCUGGUGCUCCAGCCAGGGCCCCAUGCCGGUGGCCUUCUCUGGCCCAUAGUAGCCCUGAUACUGCUUUUCUGCAGCCAGGCCUGAGAGGCCCAAGCAGCACAGCGAGGGCACUGGGCCAGGUUA